GAUCUCUCUCUCUGUCUGUCGGCUGUUCUCCCCGCAGCUUCUGCUCGUGGCCACAAAUCGCCACGGUAACUUGUUUGAGAUUCCGCGAGUGUAUAAAUACUGCUUGCCGGCGAUCGACAAGCACACAGUUUCACUAUAAAGAUGUUCGCCGAAACAUUGAGACAUGUUCUGUGCAUUUGUGCUCUAGGCGCGAUCUUCAGCGCAGCGCCGAGUGUUCUGGCGGAAUCUUAUAAAUUGUGCAUUCCGCACAAGCUGCACAAUGUCUGCCAGGACCUCAUGAAGACCAAACCCGAUCACGAGGCCACGAUCGAGUGCGUUGCUGGCCGAGAUCGCAUCGAUUGCCUCAAUUUGGUGAACAAGCGCCAGGCGGACUUCAUGGCAGUCGAUCCGGAGGACAUGUACUUGGCGUACAAGAUGAGCAAUCAGGACUUUGCCGUGUUCGCCGAGGUGCGAACGCUGGAGGAGCCGACGGCCGAGUUCCGAUACGAAGGCAUCAUUCUCGUGCGCAAGGGUUCACCGAUAAGCUCUUUGGAGGAUCUGCAGGGCAAAAAGUCCUGCCACACGGGCUACGGAAGGACUGUUGGCUACAAAGUUCCCAUCACGAAACUGCGCAAGCACGGCAUCUUCAAGCUGGACAGCGAUCCAACUCUUCCGGCCGUGGAGAGGGAACUCAAAGGCCUGUCGAAUCUCUUCACACAAUCCUGCCUCGUGGGCGAUUACUCGCCAGACGAGGAGAUCAACAGGUCGCUGAAGAAGAAGUACGCCAACCUCUGUGCUCUCUGCGAAGAUCCCGUCAAGUGUAACUAUCCAGACAAGUUUUCGGGAUACGAUGGAGCCAUCAGGUGUCUCGUGGAGAACGGCGGCGAUGUUGCAUUCACGAAGGUCAUCUUCGUCAACAAAUACUUUGGCCUUCCCGUGGGCAACAAUCCUGCGGCGCCGCCGACGGGAAGCGCUAGUCCUGAUGACUACGAGUAUCUCUGCGAGGACGGAAGCCGCCGCCCUGUGACUGGACGCGCGUGUUCAUGGGCACAGCGACCCUGGCAAGGAUACAUGGGCAACGGAGAUCUGCGUGGCCGAUAUGAGAAAUUGCAGGCUGAACUCAAAGACAUGUUUGAGAGCGGGAAGUCAUAUUCGAACAAGGAACUCGCCAAGAGACUCUUGAUACAGGAAAACACCGUGCUGGUGAGCAAGGAUCGCCCUGUUCUGCCCGGAGAGCACUUAACGAGGGCGCAGUACAAGGAUGUCAUUGAAAGGCUCGGACCAUACGAACAGAAAGUCAGAUUUUGCGUCUCUGACACCAUCGCUCUCAAGAAGUGUGAGGCCAUGUCUAAAGCCGCCUUUUCACGAUACAUUCGACCCGAGUUUGUGUGCGUUCUUAAGACUGUUGAGGAAUGCGUGAUUGCAAUUCAGAAGGAUGAAGCCGAUGUCGUGGUUUUGCAGGCAGACAAUUAUGAAUUGGCCAGGAAGCACAAUUUGGUGUCUGUCUUGUAUGAAUCCUUUAAGCAGGACGACGUGAUGGUUGCUGUCAUUAACAAGGAAAUCAAGACUGACUUCUUGAAGAAGGCAAGCCUGAAAUUCAGCACGGACGAUCCGCGAGCUGUGAACGCUGCUUUGCUGUUCAACGAGAAGAGAGGACAGAAAGCGUGUCCGCUGGAUAUCGUUAGUGCGGAUAAUGGAGUUGUUAGCAUUGUGAAUGCCAAGGAUUUGCAGGACAAUGGAAAUCAAGAGCUGGUUUGUCAGGAUUUGUCGCGAAAAUCUCUUAAGGACUUCAACAGUUGCAAUUUCGAAGCUACUCUCCCAACUGCGGUUUUCGUUCGAAGUGGACUCGGGUCGAAUAAUUUGGACGGAAUUGUGCACAGCCUAACGUCCAGUGCGGAAAUCUUCGGCAAGAAUGCCAAGCAGGACGAUGUGUUUGAGAUGUUUGGUGAAUUUGAGCCUGGAUUUAAGAAUGUGAUUUUCAGCGACAAUGCAGCCAAAUUGGUCACAUCAUCCAAUUCUGUCUUCACCUUCGACGAAUCGCACUACAACAAGCUCCGUUGCAAGUAAAAUACUCAUUCUUCAUUGGAACAAUAAAAAAAAAAAAAUGAAA